AUGCAUAAAAAAACGUUCAAUUCUUUAUUAAAUUUCUUUUUAGACUCCAACAUCAAAGGUGCCGGUGAAAUAUAUUCAUCCACCAAUCAUCUUAAUUUUAUUCCACAUCCAACUGUUCGAAUUAUUAAAAAGAGAAAUACAGCUAAUAAAAAAGAACGCAGGAGAACACAAAGUAUUAAUAAUGCGUUCUCAUGCCUACGCGAGAGAAUACCAAACGUUCCUUCUGAUACUAAGUUAUCUAAGAUAAAAACAUUAAGGCUAGCAAUAUUAUACAUAAAUUACCUAGUGGGCAUUAUAGAUGGAGAUCAAGAUCCCAAAAGCGGAUUCCAGGCAGAGCUAAAGCUUCCAAGCCGUAAACUCUACUUAGACAGAAAGCAGAAGAAUGAGGUAUGUAUGUGUUAG